GCUCCGCCCCCCCCGAGGAGGCACAUCGUCCACGCUGCGUGAUGAUCAUCACAUCCACGCACAGCCGCCCGUGGAAUUGUAGUAGUAGUACUUCUCUCUCCUUUUCCUUCAUGGAUUCGCCUUUUCUCUGGAAUAUUGCUUUGUCCCGUCGCGAGUGAAUCCUGAGAGGGGAAGUCUCCUGGCGGGAGGCAAGAUGGCGUCAAACCACAUCCUGCGCAGCUACUCCAUCAUCCCAUGUUUCAUCUUCGUGGAGCUGGUCAUCAUGUCUGGCACGGUGUUGCUGGCUUACUACAUGGAGUUCACACACCUCUUCAGCGUGCACCUGCAGGGCUUCUUCUGCAACGAUGCAGAACUCAUGAAACCCUACCCUGGGACCGACCAGUCCAGCGUCGUACCUCCCCUCAUCUUGUACUGUGUGCUGGCUGCUGCUCCGACUGCUAUCAUUUUGGUGGGCGAGGUGUCCAUGUACACCAUGAAGUCCACCAGGGAGACCCUGCUGGCCCAGGAGAAGACCAUCGUCACUGGCGACUGUUGUUACCUCAACCCUCUCAUCCGCCGCGUCAUCCGCUUCAUCGGCGUGUUUGCGUUUGGCCUCUUCGCCACGGACAUCUUUGUCAACGCAGGCCAGGUGGUCACAGGCGGUCUGUCGCCCUACUUCUUGUCAGUGUGCAAACCCAACUACACCGGCACGGAGUGUCGACUCAACCACCAGUUUAUCGUCAACGGCAACAUCUGUACCGGAAACCCCAUCAUUGUGGAGAACGCUCGCCGAUCUUUCCCGUCCAAAGACGCCUCGCUGAGUGUUUACUCGGCUGUUUACCUGACGAUGUACAUUACCAGUACCAUCAAGACCAAGUCCAGCCGCCUGGCCAAGCCUGUGUUGUGUCUGGGCACACUUUGCUCAGCUUUCCUUACUGGACUCAACCGCGUAUCAGAAUACCGAAACCACUGUUCAGACGUCGUCGCUGGAUUUAUACUUGGAUCGGCGGUCGCACUCUUUCUGGGUGUGUGCGUGGUAAACAACUUCAAAGGCGUCCACGGCGCGGCAACUCAACGGAAGAGCGAAGACUACCGCGGCCUCCCCCUGAUGACCUUCCCCCGCGUGGAGAGUCCUCUGGAGACCCUCAGUGCACAGAACCACUCGGCGUCAAUGACGGAGGUCACAUGACUAAGGGGGCAGCACCGGGUCACGUUUGCGUCUCCACAGCACUUCCAGACACAAUGACAAGGACGCAUGCGGCGUGGCUCCGAUUGCUUAACAAAAACCAAACACUGUUGUAUUGUCUAGUUCACGCCCGGGCGGGGCAAAGUCCAACCUGUUUGGGCUCCGGUAUUCCAAACAAGCACGGAUUGUUUCUCCAUUCAAGUCAUUGCCACAUGGGAGCUCUUCUGUUUUCCGUUGAACGAUGGUGUUUUUGCACAUUCGGUAUGAGCGAUGGCUGUAACCCACCUGCACACCUCCGUGUUACAUCACAUCCUGUCAGGUGACUUUCCUGUGUUGUCUCUCUCCUACGCCCCCCACCUUUCCCCGAGUCUGAAAAUGUACAAUAAGCAACGUUGAUGUUGUCAUUCUGUGAUGUUUUGUCAUUUGUACAGAAGAAAAAAAAUGCAACUGUUCUUUUUAUGAUGGCUGUAUAUUAUCAAUUGACCUUGUCAGGUCGGAUUUUGUAAAGAUUUUUGUUAAUCUGUUCAAUAACGAUCCUUUCGGACCCGUUUGCCUGCUGUCAACUUUGAUAUGUUUUGGUAUCAUAAUCCUACCCGCCCAGCGCUGGAUUAUAAAACACAUUCGGCUGCAACUACAGCGGGGCAAAAAAGUAUUUAGUCAGCCACCGAUUGUGCAAGUUCCCCC